AUGGUGUCCACUACCAACGGAGGGGUUGGCGGCGGCGGCGGGAUGGGGGGGGGGGACGCGGCGAAGCCCGUGACGGUUCAGACGCAGGCGCUGUGGCUGCUGGCAUGGCUGGUGAAUAACAUCGGCAUCACCAUGCUCAACAAGCAGGUCAUGUCGUUCGCGAGCUUCGACUACCCGCUUGUGAUGUCGGCGUUUCACAUGUUCUGCAAUUGGCUGGGCACCGUGGUGUACUUCGCUCGCUCCGGGGAGGAGCAGCAGACCAUCAAGCGGCAGCAGUGGCCCACGCUCAUCAUGUUCAGCGUCGUGUUUGCGCUCAACAUCUCCGUGGGCAACACGAGCUCAUCCAUGGUGCCGGUGACGUUCAACCAGGUGAUGCGAUCGCUGGUUCCGGUGAUUGUGAUGGUGAUCGGGACGCAGGUGUUCGGGAAGACCUUCUCCAGGGCAAGAAAACUCGCAGUGUUGCCCAUCGUGGCGGGCGUGAUCAUGGCCUGCUACCCUGACUCAGCGAGCGAUUCUAACCCGGAGGCGAGACCCUUCCGGGCGGUGGGGGUGAUAGUGACGGUGUUCUGCGUCAUGCUGUCGGGGCUUAAGAACGUGGUGUCCGGAGAGAUGCUAACGGGGGAUAUAAAGAUGCCACCGCUCCAGCUGCUCUCGCGAAUGGCGCCCCUAGCCCUGGUGCAGAUGGCUGUGGGCGCGCUCGCUCUCGGGGAGGUUAGCAGCCUAGUCGCCAACUGGCGAGAGAUCAGGGAGGGGUGGGCACUGUACGGGGUGGCGAUUACGGGGGUGGGCUCCUUCUCGCUGAACCUCUGCAGCCUGCAGGCGAACAAGGUCACCUCGCCGCUGACCCUUAGCAUCAUGGCCAACAUCAAGCAGGUGUUGAUCGUCGCCGCCAGCUCGGUCGUCUUCAAGGACACAGCUUCGACGCUGAACAAGUUCGGCUUCGUCGUCGUGAUCCUCGCGAGCACCCGCUACAGCAUGCUCAGCGUCUCGGAACGGAAUAAGAGUCGGGAGGUGAAGGCGCUGAUCGAGCCACCCGAGAUCGGCAUCGGCAAGAGCUUACCUCUCCUCCCCAAGUAGUAGAACGGACGUGAUACUUUGUUUUGGUCGUGAAGGCUCGAAACAACAAAUAACGAAUCGACCGCGGAGCGGCCGGCGGAGGGGCUGGGGUACCGCCGCCUUUGUUCAAAUCAUCGGAGGAAAGUCUGACUCUCUGCCGUGGAGGAUGAUCGGGAUUUCCGUCACUUUUUUAAGCGUUGCUGUCCGUUGGCUGCCUUAAGUCACUUGGAUGCACGAGCACGCAUGCACGCGUCCCUCUCGAGGCGGGGCAGCGCGCUCCUGGGGGGAGACGACGGCACUUGCCUGGGGGGUUCCGUGUUUGUUUCGUGGCCUUCGCGUGCGCCAUGGCCGCCUUCGGAGACGGAGGGGGCACCGCCCUGGGGGCCGGGGGGGGGGGGGAGGGGGGCGUAGCCCGAGGUACACGGGGGAGGGUAUGCAUAGUUGUUGAGAGCAGAGUUGGGCCGCAUUCUACUUGGGUCAGGCGUUGUGCAAACAAGCACCCAACCAGUUCGAUCCUGGCUCGGGUACUGCUGUCGGGUACUGUAAGCGUGUUUUUUUUUUUUUUGUGUUUUUCACGGACCGAUGGACUCUUUCUCUUCUUGUUCUUGUGUGCGUAUUGGUAUUCGUGUGUAUGUGUGUCAUGUCGUUUUUGUUUUUUUGUUAUUUUACCUGUGAAUUUUUUUUUUUCCAUCUGACGGAGGCGGCGGCAGCAGCAGCAGUACGAGCAGCGGUAUAGCAGCUUCGUCUGGAUGCACCCGUCGUUCCGCUUGUUGUUUGUGUGUGCGUGUUUUUUUUCUCUCUCGCUUCUCUUGUGUGUACCAUGAUCUGUCCGCCAACACGGAUCGGAUGCAAAACCUUUGGACGACAAAACCCGAGAGCAACUACAGACGUGGUCCUCGUUCAGGCCGGACGUGCAGGUGUAUCGACUGACCCCUUCGUGACAGCAGUAGAUAAGUCCCUCAUGUUUGGUCUUCUAUGUAGUGUUUUUCCCUCCGAACAUCGCGAGGCACAAGACGCGUAUGUAUGCCAACGGGAGGACGGGAUGUUUUGGGUUUCCAAUGAGGCUUUCGCCCGCACGCGCUCUCGUGUGCCCCCCGGUCAUCAGUUCUCACUGCUGCUUCUGGGCCAGGCCACGUUGAGAAGGCGGCAGCCAAGGCUGCGGCUGCUGCGUCUGUCUACGGAGAUCGUCCCAUGCCUUCGUAGGUGUUCCAUGAUGAAACAACUGUGCCCCACUUUGAGCGCCACGGCACGCGAAUCCCAUCUCAGGGGGGGGGCAACCACGGGGUCGGGCUGGUCGGCUGAUUGGAACGGAAUAACGGCGUGAUCGAAAGGGGAAGAAGGUUGUUCGUCUUUCAAAUAUCAAGCAAGCCCCAUCGUGGGUGGUGUUUACCAUGGGUUUCGUUGCUGGUGGUGGCGGCGGCGGGGUUGUUUUGUAGUGACUCGAGACGAUCGAUCGGUGGUGAUCUGAAGAGCUUGUGAUUUAAGCGCGGGCCUCGUUUCUUCUCCCGCUCAGCAGACCGGCGGUAGGCAAACGUAGGCCUUGCGCGAGCCAAGGGAUUGAGGAUUAUGGGGUUUGUCCGCCAAGGUCGAAAACUGAUGGGCUAGUCGUGCUUGGGAAAAAAAGGCGAAAGUGACUGCUGACUGUGGGUUGCUCGCCGAUGGGCGUACCGUCAAGGCAAAGAAAGGUAGGCAACGGAUGGUGUUGUGCCUUUUUUUGAAUCGUUUGGUGGUAAUCUGGGUCGUUUUUGGCGGCUUUCCGGUUUCCGGAGGGGGACGGAAUGGAAGAAGAGGAGGACAACGGACAAGCAUCUGAGAGUCUUCCUGUUUGGGGUUUAAAAAGGCGCGUUAUUUUCUGUCUGUUGUCGUUGGCGCCUACUUCCUACCGCAUUGAAUCACAGCGAGCUGUAGUUUAUAGCGGAAAGCAGGGCUCAAUUUGUUCUUUCAGAGAGAUUAAAAACAAUAGGUUUGUUCGCUCAAGUUGUACGGCUACCGGUACCAGCAUGCCUGGGUGUAUAUCGUCGCUGUCCGCGUAGUAAAUAGUUUUGUCUUUUUCUUGCAUUGAUGCUGUUUUUGUCUUUGUUUGGUUUUGUUCUUGGGGGAUUCUGACUUCUUUCAAGU